AUGGCUCAGGUCAGCAUGUUUCUCGACGGGGAGAGAGAUUAUAGCAAAAUCACGGGCCCAACAGGCCCUCUCGUCUACCCGGCCCUCCAUGUUUACAUAUACACGGCGCUGUACUACCUGACCGACGAGGGCACCAAUAUCCUGCGCGCACAAUUCAUCUUUGCCGGCCUCUACCUCGUCACCCUGGCUGUUGUCCUGGCCUGUUACAGACGAGUCGGAGCGCCGCCAUGGCUCCUGGUCCCGUUGGCGUUGAGCAAGAGGAUGCAUUCUAUAUUUCUAUUGAGACUGUUCAACGACUGUUGGGCAACUCUGGCCCUGUGGACUGCGAUCUACCUACUACAACGACGACAAUGGCGCAGCGGUGCAUUGAUAUGGGGCUUGGGAUUGGGUGUGAAGAUGACUCUGCUUCUCGCCGCACCGGCCAUUGGAGUCGUCGUACUUCAAGGAAGUGGGACACGGCAAGCCAUAUGGUCCGGAAUAUCCGUCGCUCUCCUGCAUCUCCUGUUGGCAUUGCCCUUUCUCGGAAAAGGCGCCAGUUCCCAAUAUUUCCAGCGUGCUUUCGACUUUGGAAGACAGUUCUUGUUCAAGUGGACGGUCAAUUGGACGUUUGUCGGUCCUGAGACUUUUGCAUCUCCCUCUUUUGCCGUUGGUCUGCUGCUCCUCCACGUUGCCAUACUCAGUGUCUUCCUUCAGAGCAAAUGGACCAAGCCCAGUGCCUGUGCCAUAUCAGAUUUUGUUAAGAAAUAUGCAGGCUCAUUGCGAGAAGAUGAGCACCUGCGGAUUUCUUCCAAAAUCACGCCCACCUUCGUUAUGGACUCGGUCCUGGGCAGUAUGGUGAUUGGAAUGCUGUGUGCCCGGAGUCUCCACUACCAAUUCUUUGCGUAUCUCGGCUGGGCAACUCCGUAUAUACUCUGGAGGGCCGGGGGUUCGCCUGUUUUGGUACUGGCCAACUGGGCAGUGCAAGAACUGUCCUGGCUGGUUUUCCCCAGCACAGAUACCAGUUCCAUGCUUGUGGUGGCGGAGUUGGCGCUACAAGUUGUAUGUGCACUGGUUGCACCAGCGGUGGAUCAUAUCAGUCCGCCGAAGGCGCAUGACAAGACCAGCUGA